GAGAGCCGGCGAAGCGGAGACGAGCUGAAGAGGCGCACGCGCCAUGUGAAGCUUGCUGGGCUCGAGCCGCUUCCCUUUGGUUUCCGUUAGGAGGGCACUAUAGGGAAGCGACUUGCGUCCGAGGAAAGACACGAAAGAAGGGGAAGAAAGCGUGAAAGGCUGAUCAUGGAUAGAAGACCAAAGUGGUGAAGACUUCUCGGGCAUGCUGCUCGUUCGGUGACAGCGUUAUGGCUAUAAGAGAACUAAAAGUCUGUUUACUAGGGGACACAGGGGUGGGGAAAUCAAGUGUUGUUUGCCGUUUCGUGCAGGAUCAUUUCGACCACAACAUCAGCCCCACAAUCGGGGCAUCUUUUUUAACCAAGACAGUACCUUGUGGUAAAGAGCUCCAUAAAUUUCUGAUUUGGGAUACAGCAGGACAAGAGAGGUUUCAUUCAUUAGCACCUAUGUACUACCGAGGGUCAGCAGCAGCUGUCAUAGUAUAUGACAUUACAAAAAUGGACACUUUUCAGACACUAAAAAAGUGGGUGAAAGAGUUAAAGGAACAUGGUCCAGAAGAUAUUGUUGUUGCCAUUGCUGGAAACAAAAGUGAUCUUAGUGACAUAAGGGAAGUUCCUGUAAAAGAAGCAAAAGAAUAUGCUGAAUCAAUUUCAGCUAUUUUUAUAGAAACAAGUGCAAGAAAUGCAGUUAAUAUUGAAGAGCUGUUCCAAAAAAUCAGCCGUCAGAUUCCCCCACUGGAUCCUCAAGAGUAUGAGAAGACUGACGCCUUUAAACUGACACGGCCACCACCAACAUCGAGCAAACGAUGCUGUUAACAACACAAUGUGUCUGUGAAGUCACGGGUUUUUACUUUGCAUUCCUUCGUGAAGUAGCUGGAAAGCUUAAAUGCCGCAUUUUCAAUUAAGGGAAAUUUUAAAAGGCAUUACAGUGAGGAAAUCACUCCAUAGUCUUAAUUGGAAGAGUCAUUAAAUAAAGAUGUGUGUUUGUGUUACAUUCCUUAUCCCUAUAUUUUAGUAUAAAAGCACACCGCAGAAUUUGAUUUAUUUUCUUUCCUUUUUUAUAUCCAUUUUGAGCAUAUAUUAUUCUUAUCUUGCAGUAUUU